AUGGAUAAGACACUACAAGACACUGAUAGCGAUUAUAGCGCCAGUAGUGCGGAUGAAGAUGACUCCGAGAACGAUGAGGAUAAACCUGCAGAGGCAGCUCAUACCCAUACCUCUAUCAUGACACGCAGAAGAAAGGCGCAGGGAUGGGUCCAACCACCAGUGAAGAAGUCACGGUUAGACCAGCGUACAAGGAGGUCGGGAGAAUCUUUUGAGAAGUACCAACAGCGUAUGAGAUGGGACCGAGAGCUUGAUGCCAUGAAGGCGAGUUCCCUGAACAAGGCCAAAGAAUCCAAUCCCAAUAAGGUCAAGCUCAACAAGAAGGAGUUGGAUGCCGUUCAUUUGAGACACAGGGAAAAACUUGCCCUAUACGAGUCGUCAGACUUGCGAAUUCAACAACAUGCGAGAGGCACCAGGACGGCAUAUGGUCAAUUUCAUCGGCAUUGGAGGGUCUCUGAGUACAGGAACAAUGGAUUUUUGAAGGAAGGAGGAGGUCCCAUAAGUGCCAUACGUGGUGCAGCAGUCGAUGCAAUCACCAGCGCUUACAAAACACGAAUUGCCGGCGACCCAAGGACGGAAUCAAAGAAAUACGCUACCAUCAAUCAUGCAGACGGAAGGGAACUCGACAAAUUGCAGGAUGUAAUGAAGGCGGCAUGGAUGGAUCGAUACCCCAAGGACGAGGACAGCAAAGGCGGCAAGAAUCAGCCCCAUAAGCUCACCAGUCUCCGCGCCCGCGUCGCAUAUGCUAUGGCUGGUGCUUUUCAACCUGGUCUACCUCCAUGGAUCAAGCGCGAUUGUCUCACACCGCCGGUCGAGCUUCAGCAACAUAUCUUUCCUUUCAUUGAGGAGGACUACUUUACGGAAUGCCCAGACUGGCUUCUAUGGACCAGGAAUAUUAUGGAGGGCAGGAGCGAGCUUGAUGGCAGACCCAACCCUAUGCCAAUGCCGGACGAGUCCAACCGAUCUGCCGUUUUACGACUCAAGUUUUUACUCCUUCUUGUACACCUAAGAAAGGUCCUGCUACAGGAUGCAGCAGCCCUUCUGGAACUCAAACCCAAGGAUGGAGUCCUGUACGGCCAUCACCACGUCUUCAACCUCCCUGUCUUCAAGAGCCCCGAGUUUCUCGUAUUCAAGGAGCGACUUGUAGCAAAGAUGCUCACCCUUGCACCUCCUCAAUCGGACAGUCUACGCCACAACGCUCCAUACUUAGAAGCAGAGUUUCGACUUUUAAAUUCGGUGAUGGCAGAAGGACUCCAAACAAUCAAACGACGACUCGACCAGGCAACAAAGGAAUUUUCGGCAGAAUUUAAAGAGUUACUUCGAAACAGCACCAACACCAUCACCAACACCAUCAAAACAGUAUCAUCUGCCCAGUCGGCCACCCAUCUAGCUGCUAUCGGGGACGACCAGGAUCUACACGCCCAAGCCAUGCUUAUGGUACUACAGGCGAUGCCAGGUCUCUAUCGCCAGAGUCUCCUCCAGUUGAAGCGGCUUAAAAGUCCGGCAACAGCUGCCACUACCGUAUCAGCACCACUUCAACCCGAACCUAUUCCUCUUCCCCAGCGAAACCAACAGUCAAAUCUAGCCACACCACUGGAGAAUCAUCUGGACGACACGGACGAUUAUGCAGUGGAGGCUGUAGAGUUGGAGACGCCGUCAUUCGAGCAGCUGGAUGCGAUGGAUGUGGUUGAGAAUUUGGCACAGGCGACACAGGAUGUUGCUCCUCAGCUACUAUCAAUGCAAGUACAGUCGGCACCUUCUUCUAGACCCAACUUGAGCUUGGAGGAGCGACUAGACAUGCUGGCAGUUGAGGUAGCUGAGAGUCGUUGCAUUAUCGAGUUUGACGUUUCUGGUGGGUUUACCUAUGAGAUGAUUUCUCGAUCAAGACCGCUGGAGGAACACUGGGAGGAAUGGUUCUAUGGUUUGAACCGAGAUGGCCUCCAACAACCUUCGAUCUAUUGGUUGAAUGGGGUCCACAGGCGUCACACUUUUGCCAAUAGCCAUAUUGCCGCUACGGCUUGGAGAUAUGUCGACCCAACCAAAAACAGAAAUAUCUAUAACGUUUUAUGGACCUUCAAGAAAGCCGUCGUGCGAGGUGUUCUGAAGAUUAUGUUGGAGCGUGAGGGCGAUAUCAGGGACAGGGAGAAAGCAGCUCUCGCGGAGGUGGCGGCUUCAAUCCAACAUACCACCACAACAUUGAACCAGUUUCAAAAAAUGAAUAGAAAGAACUGA